UCCCAUUCACUGGCGCUGAAGAGCCUCAGCCAUUCCCUUAAGCCCCAAACCUCUACAAUUCAAUUCCUUCACUUCCAUUUCACUCCCACCAUUUCUGAGCACAACAAACCUUUCGUCAAAACAUGCUUCUUCUAAUGGCCUUCUCUGGCCCUUCCUUCCUCCAUCCUUCCUCUGCUUCCAGACUCAAUCCCCUUCUCUUUACCAAGCACCGGCGUUCUUUUGCCCUCUCCCGCUUCCGUUUCCGUCGUUUACACCAGAGACAAUUAGCUGUUGCUGCAUCAGCGAAUGGUGUUUUUACUUCUCCAGAGAUAGCAAAGACGUUUGACUUUGCUUCGGAAGAGCGAAUAUACAAAUGGUGGGAAUCUCAAGGGUAUUUUAGGCCACAUUAUGAUCAAGAUACUGUUCCGUUUGUGAUUUCAAUGCCACCUCCCAAUGUCACAGGAUCAUUGCACAUGGGACAUGCGAUGUUUGUGACUCUUGAGGAUAUUAUGGUUAGAUACAACCGUAUGAAGGGAAGACCAACACUCUGGCUUCCUGGGACUGAUCAUGCAGGUAUUGCCACACAGUUGGUUGUUGAAAGAAUGCUUGCGUCUGAAGGAAUAAAAAGGGUUGAAUUGGGUAGAGAUGAAUUUACAAAGCGAGUUUGGGAGUGGAAAGAGAAGUAUGGUGGAACUAUCACUAAUCAAAUUAAGAGACUUGGAGCUUCCUGUGAUUGGACUAAAGAGCACUUCACACUUGAUGACCAGCUGAGUCGAGCCGUUAUCGAGGCAUUUGUUCGACUUCAUGAGAGAGGCUUGAUCUAUCAAGGAUCUUACAUGGUAAACUGGUCUCCGAAUUUGCAAACUGCUGUUUCUGACCUGGAAGUAGAGUACUCUGAAGAAUCUGGUACUCUCUAUCAUAUUAAGUAUCGAGUGGCUGGAGGUUCAAGUAGUGAUUACUUGACAGUAGCAACAACUCGUCCUGAAACCUUAUUUGGUGAUGUAGCUAUAGCAGUGAAUCCUCAGGAUGAUCGUUAUUCUAAAUAUGUCGGCAUGACGGCAAUUGUUCCAAUGACAUAUGGUCGUCAUGUCCCUAUCAUCUCUGACAAGAAUGUUGAUAAGGACUUUGGAACUGGUGUGCUAAAGAUAAGCCCUGGUCAUGAUCAUAAUGACUACCUACUUGCUCGAAAACUCGGUCUCCCUAUACUUAAUGUGAUGAACAAGGAUGGAACCCUUAAUAAGGUUGCUGGACUUUACUGUGGUUUAGAUCGGUUUGAAGCACGAAAAAAACUGUGGACAGAUUUGGAGGAGAUGGGCUUAGCUGUAAAAAAGGAAGCCCACACCUUACGGGUUCCAAGAUCUCAACGUGGAGGAGAAAUAAUUGAACCUUUAGUUAGUAAGCAGUGGUUUGUGACCAUGGAGCCAUUGGCUGAAAAAGCCCUCCGUGCUGUUGAAAAAGGAGAAUUGACCAUUAUCCCUGAGAGAUUUGAGAAGAUAUACAAUCACUGGCUGUCAAAUAUUAAGGACUGGUGUAUAAGCAGGCAACUCUGGUGGGGACAUCGCAUACCAGUUUGGUACAUUGUGGGAAAAAAUCCAGAAGAAGACUACAUAGUUGCUAGGAAUGCAGAUGAGGCGCUUGAGCAAGCCCAGAAAAAAUAUGGGAAGGAUGUAGAAAUAUACCAAGAUCCAGACGUGCUUGACACCUGGUUCUCAAGUGCAUUAUGGCCUUUUAGUACACUUGGAUGGCCAGAUGAGACAGCAGAAGAUUUUAAGCGGUUCUAUCCAACAACAAUGCUUGAAACUGGGCAUGAUAUACUAUUCUUUUGGGUGGCAAGAAUGGUCAUGAUGGGAAUUGAAUUUACUGGCACUGUUCCAUUUUCAUAUAUUUAUCUCCAUGGACUCAUUCGGGACUCUCAGGGACGGAAAAUGUCUAAAACACUGGGGAAUGUGAUAGAUCCACUUGAUACAAUUAAAGAAUUUGGCACUGAUGCUUUACGAUUCACACUUGCUUUAGGAACUGCUGGUCAGGACCUUAAUCUAUCCACUGAGAGGUUGACUUCCAAUAAGGCAUUCACUAAUAAAUUGUGGAAUGCUGGAAAGUUCAUAUUGCAGAAUUUACCGACACAGAAUGAUUCGCAAUCUUGGGAUUCCAUACUGAGUUUUGAGUUUGAGAAAGAUGAUUGCCUGCUCAAGUUACCUUUACCAGAAUGCUGGAUUGUCUCAGAACUUCAUUCUCUGAUAGACGUGGUCACCAUUAGCUAUGAUAAGUUUUUCUUUGGAGAUGUUGGCAGGGAUGUAUAUAACUUUUUCUGGGGUGAUUUUGCAGAUUGGUACAUUGAAGCCAGUAAAGCUCGCCUUUAUCAAUCUGGAGGUGAUUCAGUUGCUUUGGCACAAGCUGUGCUGUUAUAUGUUUUUAAAAAUAUUCUCAAAUUACUACAUCCUUUCAUGCCGUUUGUGACAGAGGAACUUUGGCAGGCACUUCCCAAUCGUAAAGAAGCUUUAAUUAUAUCUCAUUGGCCACAGAUUUCGCUUCCUAGGCAGGCCAGUGCGGUCAAGAAAUUUGAGAACCUAAAAUUGUUGACAAAAGCAAUUCGGAAUGCUAGAGCAGAGUAUUCAGUUGAACCAGCAAAGCGUAUAUCUGCUUCUAUAGUUGCAAGUGAAGAGGUUAAUCAGUAUAUAUCUGGAGAGAAGGAAGUUUUAGCACUUCUUACUCGACUGGAUCUACGUAAUGUCCGUUUUGCAAAUUCUCCUCCAGGAAAUGUAGAUCAAUCAGUGCACCUCGUAGCUGGUGAAGGGCUAGAGGCUUAUCUACCUCUUGCUGAUAUGAUUGAUAUCUCUGCCGAAGUCCAACGCUUAUCGAAGCGCCUUACAAAAAUGAAAAUGGAGUAUGAUGGAUUUAUAGCUCGGCUCAGUUCUCCAAGUUUUGUAGAGAAAGCUCCCAAGGACAUCGUCCGUGGGGUAAGAGAAAAGGCUGUAGAAGCAAAAGAGAAGAUAGCUCUCACCGAGAAGCGCCUCUCUCUCCUUAGAUCAACUGCUCCAGUUCCUGAUUGUUGACCACCAAAAAUUGGUUCCAGUUUUCACAGUUCAACUGUGUACAUAUACUGUUUCACUAUCAAAGAAGUAACAAGAGAUUGAUGAGGCCAAUUUAUGCGAGGCUUUCUGAGUUGUAAGAGCUCCAUUUUUCUGGUGAAUUAAUGUGCCGCUCCAUCCCAUGAAGAGUGUUCAACUAAUAAAGGCUGAGCAACCCCCAGGCUAACCCCAGAAAUAGAGGCUGAGAUGAAGCAUACCAAAUAGUUAAAAACUUGAAAUCUACUCUUUCUUUAUGUUAGUUAUAGCCCAGGGAAUAGUUUUUUUAAAACGAUUCUUCACUUCGUUGAUUUAUUAUUUUUCCAGUGGAAUAUCAACUUGUAAUAUGUAUUUUUAGCCUUUUCUGCUAAUUCUUGUUGUCAUUGUAGUCGUAUGUGGUGGAGAUGGAGCUCGGUGUCAUCAUCAAUGUUAGGCUUUCCAUUAUUAAAAGCAAGUUUUCAUGAACUACUUAAUAUAAAUGAGUUGAUUCUAA